ACAUAUAGCAUAUGAGGGCUAUGGCUAUUUAUAAAAAGCAUCCUCAGCGUUGUGUCCUGUAUCCUGAGCUGAGAGCUGCGCUUCAGUUUCAGUUUAAGUUCGUACGCUGAAGAUGGCGGCCGUUUGGUUAGCAGCGCUGCUAGCACUGAGCUUGCAACCAGCUUGGUGUGGCAAGCAAGUGCAAUUGUGGCUGGAUUGCUCCUGCCUGCAUGCGAACGAGCGUAAUGCCAGCCAAUGGGGCAGAGUGACGUUGAAUGCGAGCCAAGCCGUUGGCGCCAAGAACAACUGCCUGAUGGUAUUCAUUGGCGGCAUGGCUGAUGAGCUGGUGGCCUUUCGCUUGGAGCAGCUGCAGCUGCGCGCCGGCUGCUUGGACACUGUGGAGAUAUUUCCGUAUCUACGCGAGCCCGUCAUCGAGAAUUCGACACAGCCAGCGUACACUUGGUGCCAGCAUACGAGCAGUGCGCGCAAUGCCACGCCUAUUUAUAGCAGUGGGCGUCUGCUGGGCUUGCGGCUGAGUUUUCGGCAGGCUCCCACAAAGGCGGACAACUGGCAGCUAAAUCUGACAGCCAGCUAUCGUUUCCUCAAACAAGAGUCCUUUAAAACAGAGGGACGUCUGGUGCCGCACAGCUUUUGUGACUUUUAUUUCUUUGCCAGCACCAACAGUGCGGAUGAGAAUCUUGGUCAGGGCUAUUUUCAUUCGCCACGUUUUCCCGCACACUAUCCAGCGCAUAUAAAGUGCGCCUACAAGUUUAUAGGACGACCCGAUAGUCGUGUGGAGCUGCUCUUCGAGGAGCUACAGCUGCCACCAGUGGCUACUGGUGGCUGCCAGCUGGAUGCACUUACCAUUUUCGAUGCCGAGUCUGCUCAUAUGGAUGCAGUGAUUGAUGUUCUAUGCAGCGCUUGUCCCACACGGCGUAUACAUAGCAGCGGUCCGGAUCUGCUGCUGGAGUUCAACGCCAGCUCGAAUCGCACUGCCAAAGGAUUUCGUGGCAAAUUCAAAUUUGUGCAACCCGAGAUGCCGCCCAUACUUGAGGUCGCCAGCAUAGCGCUAAAGCAGCCGCCCGGUAUAGGAAACAGUCUGCUGGAGGACGAACAGCCCGCAAAGCCUGCGCGCAGCAGCUUUGAGCACUGCCGGCAGCUGUACGAUUCGCGGGUUAACAAGUCUGGCAGCUUUGAAUCGAGUCAGCUGUUGAGCUCGAUUACAAAAAAAAUCGAUUCUGUGGCGGUCGCAGUUCAAUGCCGUUACGAAUUUGAAGCGCAGUCACCUGAACGUAUACAGGUAAAGUUUCACGAUUUCAACAUACCCACGGAGCAUGAGAACUCAACUCGUUGUCAAGAUCUGGAUGCUUUGCAUGUGCUCUCCAAGGUGGGGGACAAGUAUGAGACGCAAGAACUGCUUUGUGGCGCCUUUCUGCCAAAGCCUAUAAUGUCCACGGGACAAGCUCUCCAAUUGCAGUUUGUUGGCAAAUAUCCGCCUACGAUGACCAACAAAGUUCAGUAUUAUGGUUUCCGUGCCGAGUAUAGAUUUUUGACAAACUUUGGCAUUGUGUCAGGCGAACAGCAAGGAAAUGACUGCACCUUUGUUUACAACAGUAGUGAUCGCAUUAGCGGACUCUUUCAUUCUCCAAAUUUUCCUGGAUACUAUCUUGAAAAUGUCGUUUGCAAUUAUUAUUUCUAUGGAGAUAAUGAACGUAUUGUAAUACGCUUCACGUUCUUUGACGUGGAAGGCAUUCCCGGCUCCUGUGAUUUUCAAACGGCUAGUGACUAUGUAGAGUUUUCCAAUUUCAUGAGUACGGAUCGCAAAUACAAACGUUAUUGUGGCAAGUUGCCAGACUUUGAGGUGCGCUCCGAUGGACGCUUCUUUCGGGUAACUUUUCAUUCUAACGAUCGCUUUGUGGCAAAUGGCUUCCGCGCCCUAUACACCUUUGAGAGAAUAAAAUCACGCAUAGAUUUGGAUUUGGAAUCCAACAGUGUUUCCAUGCAAAGCUAUGUAUCCGACAGAUCUAACGCUAUGUUUCAUAUUAGAAACAUUAUUUUUCUGCAUAUUUUAGUCGCAUUAGCAUAUGUAUAUGUAUAUAUCUGAA